AUGCACACGCUCGCGCAGGUUGCCGAGGACAUCCAGCACCGCGUCAUCCACCUCUUUGCGCGCGACCACGAGAGGAACCGGGCGUGCAACGGCGGCAGCGAGCUGCUCAACAAGGACCCGCACUUCCGCGACUACGUCCCCUUCCACGAGUUCUUCAAUUGCGAAACGGGCAAGGGCCUGGGAGCGUCGCACCAGACGGGCUGGACUGGCCUCGUCGCCUACUUCAUCUGGAGCACUGGCUCGACGGCGCGCCUGCCGCGCACGCCGCGCACGCCGAGGUCGGUCGCGGCGCACUACUUUGACGAGGUGGCGACGCCCGGCGCGAGCGAGGCCGAGACGAGCGCGUGGGACUCGGACUACUCGGCGGCCGAGCUCGACAUCGACGAGCUGUAG